GCCAAACACUUAAAACCUCCUCCAGCCCCACCCUCUGUUCUCUCCUCACACCACUCCUCCCCCUCCAUCCCCUCCCUCCCCAUAAUUUCCAUAAUCCUUUCGCGUCUUCACCAUGUUUGUCUUCAAGCGAGAUGGACGCAAAGAACGCGUGCAGUUCGACAAGAUCACAGCCCGCGUAUCGAGGUUGUGUUACGGGCUCGAUCCGGAUCAUGUUGACCCGGCCGCCAUCACAAUGAAGGUCAUCUCGGGCGUGUACCAGGGCGUCACCACAAUCCAGCUCGACGACUUGGCCGCCGAGACAGCAGCCUACAUGACCACAACACAUCCGGACUAUGCCAUCCUCGCCGCGCGCAUCGCCGUCUCCAACCUCCACAAGCAGACCAAGAAGCAGUUCUCGGCCGUCGUCCACGAUCUCUACGAAUAUGAGAACCCCAAGAACGGCAAAAAACAGCCCAUGAUCUCGGAUCGCGUCUACAAGAUCAUCCAGGACCACGCCGAUGAGCUCAAUAGUGCCAUCGUCUACGACCGCGACUUCAACUACCAGUUCUUCGGCUUCAAGACACUCGAGCGCUCAUACCUGCUUCGCAUCAACGGCAAGGUUGCCGAGCGCCCCCAGCACAUGCUCAUGCGUGUCGCUGUUGGCAUCCACAUGGAGAAUAUCGAAAAGGCCAUUGAGACAUACGAGUACAUGUCGCAGAAGUAUUUCACACACGCCUCGCCCACGCUCUUCAACGCCGGCACACCCUCGCCGCAGAUGUCGUCCUGCUUCCUCAUCGACAUGAAGGAGGACAGCAUUGAUGGCAUCUAUGAUACACUCAAGACGUGCGCGUUGAUCUCCAAGACUGCUGGCGGGAUUGGCCUCAACGUCCACCGCAUUCGUGCCACUGGCUCCUAUAUCGGAGGGACCAACGGAACAUCGAACGGUCUCAUCCCCAUGCUCCGUGUCUACAACAACACUGCUCGCUACGUCGACCAGGGUGGCAACAAGCGCCCCGGUGCUUUCGCCAUCUACCUCGAGCCGUGGCACGCCGACGUCUUCGGCUUCCUCGACCUGAGGAAGAACCACGGCAAGGAGGAGGUUCGCGCCCGUGAUCUCUUCUACGCUCUCUGGAUUCCCGAUCUCUUCAUGCAGCGUGUCCAGGAGAACGGCGAGUGGACACUGAUGUGCCCCAACGAGUGCCCCGGUCUUGCUGACGUCUACGGCGACGAGUUCGUCGCCUUGUACGAGAAGUAUGAAAAGGCAGGCAAGGGUCGUGAGACUGUUCGCGCCCAGAAGCUCUGGUAUGCCAUCCUCGAGGCCCAGACCGAGACUGGUAACCCCUUCAUGCUCUACAAGGAUGCUGCCAACAGGAAGAGCAACCAGAAGAACCUCGGUACUAUCCGCAGCUCCAACCUGUGCACUGAGAUCAUCGAGUACACUGCUCCUGACGAGGUUGCUGUCUGCAACUUGGCUUCUGUUGCUCUCCCCUCUUUCGUCGACUACAAGCGCGGCGAGUUCGACUUCCAGAAGCUUCACGACGUCGUCCAGGUCUGCACUCGCAACCUCAACAAGAUCAUCGAGGUCAACCACUACCCCGUCGAGGAGGCACGCCGCAGCAACUUCCGUCACAGGCCCAUUGGCCUUGGUGUCCAGGGUCUUGCUGAUACCUUCCUCGCUCUUCGCCUGCCUUUUGAGUCUCCUGAAGCCAAGAAACUCAACAUUCAGAUCUUCGAGACCAUCUACCACGGCGCUCUGACCUCCUCUUGCGACAUCGCGAAGGAGCUCGGCCCAUACGCUACAUAUGAAGGCUCGCCUGUCUCACAAGGUCAGCUUCAGUACGAUAUGUGGGAUGUCACUCCCACCGAUCUCUGGGACUGGGCUGCGCUCAAGGAGAAGAUCGCACAGCACGGCGUCCGCAACUCACUGCUCGUCGCACCCAUGCCUACUGCCUCCACCUCCCAGAUUCUCGGCAAUAACGAGUGCUUCGAACCCUACACAUCGAACAUCUACUCUCGCCGCGUGCUUGCCGGUGAGUUCCAAGUUGUCAACCCCUGGUUGCUCAAGGACCUCGUCGACAUGGGUCUCUGGACCGAGAACAUGAAGAACCGCAUCAUCGCCGACGGUGGUUCCAUCCAGCGCAUCCCCAACAUACCUGACGAGAUCAAGACCCUGUACAAGACAGUCUGGGAGAUCUCGCAGCGUACCAUCAUCCAGAUGGCCGCUGACCGUGGUGCCUUCAUCGACCAGUCUCAGUCCCUGAAUAUUCACAUGAAGGAGCCUACCAUGGGCAAGAUUACAUCCAUGCACUUCGCUGGCUGGAAGCUUGGUCUCAAGACUGGCAUGUACUACCUCCGAACCAUGGCUGCUUCUGCGCCCAUUCAGUUCACCGUCGAUCAGGAGGCUCUUAAGGUCGCCGACACCAACAUUGCUCGCGCCCUUCCCUCCAAGAGGCGUCAGCCCGGCUUUCAGCAGGCUGGUGUUGGUUCACCCUCCCCCGCCGCUGCUCCCAUGCCCAUGUACGCCACCAAGACACCCAACGGUAUUUCGGAAGCACUGAACGGUGUGCCCACACCAUCGGCCACGCCGCCACCUGCUGCUGAGAACAAGCUCCCUCCUGCAUCGAACGUCCUCGCCAGCAAGCCCUUCAAGGCAGAUGUCGAGGAGGGCGACAGCCCCAAGCUCGUCGCUGCCGACGCUAUCAGCAAGCCUAUCGAAGAAGACGCCACAACUAAGGAUAAACAGUCUGAGGAUGCGGACGACGACUCCAAGGAGCGCGACGGCGACAUCUACGCCGAAGCUGCUCUCGCAUGCUCGAUAGAGAACCCCGAGUCCUGCCUCAUGUGCUCUGGUUAAAUGGAUGUUUGCUUCAAGGGUUGUAUAUGAUGUUAGACGUGGAUGCGGGCGACUGCCCUUGGUUCUCGGCGUUUGAGGUCCGGUUGGGUAACGCGUAACGCGCGAGGAGGCAUGAUUUCAUGAUUGGAUAGCGAUUUGUUGUUUGUUUCUGUAGUCUUAAUCCGUGUACACCACGUUUGUUCAACCUUGCGUCUGAUUGCGACCGUGGUGAACAUGGCGUUGGCAGUUCCUG